CUAUUGAUACUUAACAACACUGAGCUCGAUCAUCCCAAAAUCUCGUAGCUCUUAGGUAUUGUAUCCUGCAUCCUGUAUCAUGUCUCAGUACAGUUAUUCUCUACACUCACUGGAUUCUGACAGUAUUCGCUUGCUCGGCCUAAUGCCAAACAAAGACCAGGCCGCCCCAAUACAAUGCCGACUUUAUAGCUAUCCUCUUCAAGAAUUGGAUAAGGGGAUUCAUCUAUACGAAGCAUUAUCCUAUGUAUGGGGUAGCUCGGAUAAGCCUAAGUUUGUCUUUAUAAACGAGCAUUCUCUACCAAUCACAGCGAACCUUCAUACAGCAUUGUUGCAUCUUCGAGAUCGCACUUUUGAAAGAAUCAUAUGGGUGGAUUCUAUUUGUAUCAAUCAAGAAGAUAACACAGAAAAGAGUCGCCAGAUUCAGUUAAUGGCGAAGAUUUUUGGUCAAGCAAAUCGCGUAAUCGUUUAUCUCGGAGAGGCGGCAGAUGAUAGCGAUCAAGCGCUCGAAGGUAUACGUGUUGCUGCAGAAAGUGAUUCUCCGAAUAUAAUAGUCAAUGAAAUGGAUCGGAGACUAAUUCUUGAACUGCUCAAACGACCAUGGUUCCAGCGUAUUUGGGCAAGUUAAUUUACCAUCGACGACACCCAAAGAAAUUACUAACAAUAUUCGAUGCAGGUACUUCAGGAGGUUGGCUUGGCUCGACAAAUCCUCAUAAUGUGUGGUUCUGCAAUGGUAGACGGGUAUGCCUUUUCCUUAGGCUUCAGCAGGAUUUUCUAUGAAGAUGAUUCAGACUUGCCAAAUCUGAUCCGUCCAGUGAUCUACCUAAUAAGAGGAGCAACCUUCCGGCCGAAACAUUCAGUUAGUCCAUCAGGUGCACUUUCUCUAGGGGAGCUAAUAGAUAUGUACCAUAACCAUAUGGCUACUAAACGCCAUGAUAAGAUAUAUGCCUUGCUUAGCAUGAGUUCUGAUAAUCUCAACCCAACUGGCUUGUCGCCUGACUAUACGGUUCCAUGGGCGAUAACCCUGAAGCGACUUGUUAAAUCAGUACUCUUCAAAGAGGUAUCUGUAAAGACUUGGGAGGACAAGGAGAUAGCAGUAAUUGAGAGCAAGGGUUAUGUCCUUGGUCAUGUAUCCUCAAUAGCUAUAGAUGUUGCUAGUGCUCGGUACGACAAACAGCACAUAAAUAUCGUUUUCAACAAUCAGCCACGAUCCUUGCAGUACGAAAAAGAGUACGGCACUCGAUGGGCUCUCCAGGCUUCAGCAAAAUCUAUCCGACAAGGUGACCUCGUUUGCCUUCUACACGAGGCUUCAAAGCCAGCUAUCAUUAGAACAUACAAGGAUCAUUUUGCUAUUAUCGUCAUUGCAAUUACUUUACAACAACACGUACCAAGAGAAAGCGAAUAUGUUGAGUCUCUACAACCCUUGCCUUCGAUGCAGAAAUUCCCACGUGACUUUCUACUUAUCUGGAACUGGGGAAAGAGCUUGGAGAACUUGCAAGGUCAAGUAGGAUAUGAAGAUACAAUGGAGAUAAAUACUUUGGUACCAGAAUAUCUAAAGACGGAUACAAACAAAGCUGUUAGAUCAAUUAAUAUAGCACUAACUUUGGGAAAUAUAAAAAACUACAAAAACGCUGAAAAUAUAGUCCGAAAAGGGAUAAAGAACUAUAAGGGAGUGUUGGGAAAAAAGAAUCUAUAUAUCCUAGCAUUAAAAGAAAGCCUUGCAUGGAUAUACGGGAAUCAAAAUGAAUGGACGAAAGCAGACGAUCUCUUUUCACAAGUAAUACAAAUAAGAAAAGAUCUGCAGGGGAACUACCAUCAAGAUACGUUGAGCAGUAUGGCAAAUUUAUUGAUAGUAUAUAUGGAAGAACAUCACUUGGGGGAAGGAAUGAAAGACAUGAUGAUAAGACUAGCGAAUCGAAUCGAAAACGAUAUUCAAAUGAGUGAAGAGGAUGUAAUACGGGUUGGAAGGUCAUUUAAUCAGAAAAUGAUGAAACUUUUGUUGGAUCAGAAAAUGGAAAAUGUUCUAGUUACAGAAAAAGUGGUGAAGGCAGCGGUAGGAAAUUGUUAUAGUGGAAAAGAGAUUAUGAUGCUCUUGCUUGAGAAACGAGAGGCAGAAAUGGUAAUCACAGAAGAGGUGGUGAAGGCAGCGGCGGAGAAUCAGUAUAGUGGAAAGGAGAUUAUGAUGCUCUUGCUUGAGAAACGAGGGGCAGAAGGAAUCACGGAAGAGGUGGUGGCAGUGGCGGAGAAUUGGUAUAGUGGAAAGGAGAUUAUGAUG